GGAUGGAGAGAUGUAUUGUUGGAUGGAGAGAUGUACAGUGGAUGGAGAGGUGUAUUGUUGGAUGGAGAGGUGUAUUGUUGGAUGGCGAGGUGUACUGUUGGAUGGAGAGGUGUAUUGUUGGAUGGAGAGGUGUACUGUUGGAUGGAGAGAUGUACUGUCGGAUGGAGAGGUGUAUUGUUGGAUGGAGAGAUGUACUGUUGGAUGGAGAGGUGUAUUGUUGGAUGGAGAUGUGUACUGUCGGAUGGAGAGGUGUACAGUUGGAUGGAGAGGUGUACUGUUGGAUGGAGAGAUGUACUGUUGGAUGGAGAGGUGUACUGUUGGAUGGAGAGGUGUACUGUUGGAUGGAGAAGUUUGUUGCUGAAUAUAGAGGUGUUCUGUAUAGAGCAGCAGGAUGUUGAUAUGAGAUGUUGUAAUGGAAGGAUGUGGAUGAGGAAAUCAGUGAUGACAUAACAUGCAUGAUUGUCAUUGAGGAGAGGAAGUUUCCUCACAGAGGGCUGUGUGGUCUCAGAGGGAGGGCCUGAAGAACAUCUCCCUGCCUUUGUUGGUGUCUUUGUUCACAAUUUGCCUUUCAACUUCUCUCUCACUCACACGCACACAUCCUCUCUCACUCAUACACUGCGCUGUUGUUGGAGUCUCAGUGAAGAGCGUUCUGCUGGUUUUAAAGGAUGCCAUUGUGUGGAUUAGUCUUCACAUUUCUGCUUGUUUUCUCUGCUCGGGAUCUGCGUGUGUGCGGUGUUGGAGUGGACAAUCACCCCAGCUCGCCCCCCGCUCCCGAGCUGAUCCAGGUGCAGGUCAGCGGUCCCGCCGUGCUGCUGCAGUGCCGGGCCCCAGCAGGCCAUGGCGGGCGGCUAUUCAAGCUGUACCGCCUGCGGGAGCAGGUGGACAUGGUGCAGUCAGAGACGGAGCAGACGCAGGCUGAGUUUCGGGUGCAGGGGCGCGCGGUGGAGCAGGAAAACCACUACUGCUGCCAAUAUGACAACAGCGCAAUCAGCCAAUACUUCACCAUCAGGGCUGCACCAAGCCCCAUUACACCACCUCACCUGUCAGUGAAGCCCCCUGCUGGUGAUGUUCUACCUGGUAAGGUCCUGGACUUCCACUGCCAGGCUCCAUCCCCCUCUCCAGGUAACCCUCCCCUGAUCUUUCUACUGAUGAGGCGGCUGUCAGAGGCAGAUUCAGAUCAGGAGGUGGGCCGAUCCACUGACCCCUACUUCAGGGUGGGUCCAGUCAGCCAGGCGGACAGCGGCACAUACACCUGCAUAUACCAACUCACCCUGCCAGAGGGGGUCCAAAUAUCUGCCCCCAGUCCACCCGUCUCCAUCAAAAUUACAGGCCCCAUUACACCUCCUCACCUGUCAGUGACGCCCCCUGCAGGUCAUGUUCUACCUGAUAAGGUCCUGGACUUCCACUGCCAGGCUCCAUCCCCCUCUCCAGGUAACCCUCCCCCGAUCUUUCUACUGAUGAGGCGGCUGUCAGGGGCAGAUUCAGAUCAGGAGGUGGGCCGAUCCUCUGACCCCAACUUCAGGGUGGGUCCAGUCAGCCAGGCGGACAGCGGCACGUACACCUGCAUAUACCAACUUAACCUACCAGAGGGGGUCCAAAUGUCUGCCUCCAGUCCACCCGUCUCCAUCAAAAUUACAGCUCAUCUUCCGGCUCCGCUACUGUCUUCCAGUCAUGAAGAUAUGUUACUGUGCACGGGUUCACCUUCAUACCCCGGAGCUCAUUUCUCCCUCUACCACCAGGGGGCAAAAAUUCCUAUAGAAACUCAACAAGCACUGGUGGUCAAGCACAGUGCCCAAUUUGCUGUGAAGGCAGAGGGUUGGUACCAGUGCCAGUACAGCGUCCUGCUGGGCACAGUUUGGGCACACUCUGAACGCAGCUCCGCUUUAAAACUACCCUGCACUACAGGAUCACCUUCCUGUAGCCCCAGUGGUUACACCCCACCUCCCACAGCAGGAGGUAAGGUGGACCUGGCUCUGAUAAUUGGUUCCGUCUCGGCCGCGCUGCUGUUCCUGCUGGUGCUGAUCAUUCUAGGCUUUGCUGUACACAAACACGCUAAAGCAGCAGCAGCAAAAAGGAGACAGAGUGAGCAGGACACGUUCUGGAAGCAGUUUUACUUCAAAGACCACAUCGUAGAUCUCACACUACAGAGAAUCAACACCAGCCCAGCGGAGUUUUCUGGAGCAGGAAAUGAACGAAUUUCAGUUUCGGAGCCAAUCUACGACUGUCCAUUCAGCACAUUCAACGGUCCUUUAGAUAAAUGAGUCAGCGUGUCUCUCUGUGAGAACGGCGAGGUGUGUUUAUGGACAGAUCCACCUGACCAGCCUCCAUUGAAGACCAUUACAGGUGUGCAGCUCACCUUAGUGCUGCAGUGGGCGGGGCAUGCAGAUGGUGUGGCUGAUCAGAGACGUGAAGGUAUUUGGUUUGCACUGAACUCUGCCAGGUCGUCACUUUAGUUUCAGGUCUACUGGCGGCUAAACACACUUUUUCGUACGUAAUACCAAACCACAUUCAAACCCUGAGUGAAGAAUCCCACAGCCGUGUCAGCAGAAUCCAGAUUUACUCAGAUCAGUUACACCUUAUUUUUAUUAUAGAAGUGCAGUCAAAUUAAAAUGCUUAUUAGAAAAUGCUAAUUCAAUAUUUGCAAUUGCAUUUCAGCAUAAUUUGAGAGAUCUUUCUAUUUCACUUGCAAAGUCUUAUGCUUACAUUUUUAUGUAUAAUGUAGGAAAAUCUAAGCUAUGGGUUACAGAUGUUCUAAAAAAAGUGGCUGAUGUUUGAGGAUUAAUAUUAUAGUAUUAUAUUUUAUGUAUUUUAUGGUAUUUGCUCACUUUUUGUUCAAAAUUGAGCUUAUGCAUUAUUGUAUUGAACUGUGUUUAUAAAAGCCAAAAAAGGUUAUUUUUACAUGUAAAUAAGGCUAAAUUAAAUUAAGAUUGUUUAAACA